GAUUCCAACUCCCCCACCACUACCCAAUCUUCUUCUUCUACUUUCGCACCCUAUAAAAACAAUAAAACCCCACUUUCUCUCCUCCUUUAUUAAUACCAGAAACCAGAUCUCAGAUUGCAGGCCUUCAAGAACAGAAAGAAUGAGUUACUACAACCAGCAACAGCCCCCUGUCGGUGUUCCUCCCCAGCAAGGUUAUCCGCCAGACGGAUAUCCUAAGGACGCAUAUCCGCCUCCGGGAUAUCCCGCGCAGGGAUAUCCACCGGCGGGAUACCCUCCCCAGCAGGGUUAUCCUCCGGCCUACGCCCCUCAGUACGCGCAGCCUCCUCCUCAGCAACAACAAAGUAGCAGUACUGGCAUGCUGGAAGGCUGUUUGGCUGCCUUGUGCUGUUGCUGCCUCUUGGAUGCCUGCUUCUGAUGACCAGAAAAAAACAUUGCAGCAAAAAUGGAGUCAUGAGUCAUAUGCCACGUAGACAAUUCGGAUUACCCAAUGUUUGGGCUAAUUUCAAAUGACUGUUUUUAUCUUUAUAAAAUAAUAUUGAACUUUUGCUUGGAUGUUGAACCUCUUGUUAUAAUGUAUAUGUUUCUGGGUUUCGUUUCAA